CGGGAACAAGGGUCGGCAAGUACAAUACACUUCGCGUGUACUCUCGAGAGUACCGGAAGAAUUUUGCAUCUCCAGUCAUCGGAGGAGCAUCACAUCUAAAUUUACGCUCGAUCCUUCUGGCGCUCGACACAUCGGCGCUGCCACCGCCAAAGAUGCUACAUCUUCGAGUUGGUUACAGUGGAGAAGCGUACUCGAGACUUUAGAGGACUCGACAGAAAUCUGGACAAAAUGUCGAUGACUGGGAGCUUAAUGGGAUACGAAAACAAUAACGAUGUGAACCAGGCCAAGUGUAAAAAGCCGUUGAAGCCGCUGCCGGUUGUGUCGAGCAUAAGCUCCGGCGGCGUUACUACGAGCACGGGCAAGCCCUCGAAGAGGGCACGAAGAUCCACGAGGAAAGAAUCGUGUAUACGCGGUCAUGUGAACAGCCUCUGGUCCGUCUGGUACGGCAUUCUGGCUGUCGCUUUUCAGGCGUACAUAGCAAUGAGAUACGCCAGACGAUUCGCCGCUUACUUAUCAUUACCAUGGCCAGCGGACGCGCCACCUCCCAAAAUCGAAUUGUACGCCUGCCUGGUGCUAGCCGGCACCGGAGUCGUUCUACUUCCGGUGCUACUUGGCGCGGCGUUCUUGAAGCUCGGCAAUCUCGCGAACGAUGGCAUAAAACUAGGCCGACAUUUGAGCGCUUGUUCGCGCGACCCGCCAUCCUCGCUUCUCACUAAUAAUCCCGAUAACAGUCUGGUGAAUAAUUUAUGGAGACACGGCGGCCCUACGGCGGCCUUCGUGCAUCUCUGCACGGCCAUGUGCUUCCUCCUACCCUCUCUGCUCAUGGAAGCGAGGCUAAUACACGCUGGAUUUCUGCCAAAAGAUGCCAUAUGGAGGACCGAUCUGGACUGGAUGGUGAUACAUCGCGAUCGCUUGGUGUUGCUAAGUUUCAUGAAUCCGAUCGGCAACUUGAGUACAAUGACUGGCUCAGUAACUCCUCAAGCUUUCGUAACCCUGGAGGAUGGUAUUAACGAGAACCUCGAUGAACUCACCACUCCAACAUCUAGUUUAACAAACAUGGCGCUUCCAGAUACUGUCGAGCCUCGAACCGAGACAACUCGGUUCUGGACUGUUCUCUAUCCAAUUGUUACAGAUCCGCCUUUAUCCCACACCUCGUCCCCUAGUACGAUUCCUAGCAAAUCUACGGCGAGCACCGAAGUGAUUUCGACAACUCCGAAAAUGGCAUCGCUGCCGAAAAAUAGCACCGCGAGACGUUCGACUGCGAGACCCCUCACCAGGAACGGUAGUUCGAAGGGCAGAUCGAAGGUGAAGAAUCUCAUGAGGUUGUCCACCACAGCUAAACCCGCCAGAGUCGUCGAUGGUAACAUGACGGCUCAAAGUAUGUCAUUAACAAUGAACAGUCUGGCCGAUCUUGAUCAUCCCGAAAAUUUGAAUCUGGAACUGCAAACAGCCGAGUCAUACGGCCCGAUUACGUUGGAAUAUCUAAAUUACGCCGCCGCGCUCGGCGUCUACUCGGUAAGGUACCCCGCCGUCUUCUGGUCGUGCAACAAAGCAUUGGGCACGAUUUUCAGUCUGCAGCUGGUCAUAAAUUCAGCGCAGAGUCUGCUGGCUUACGCUGGAAUGUCCGUCCUUUACAAGGUCCAGGUGGUAGGUGCCUUGAAAGUCCUGCCGCAUCUUCGGCAUCGCACCGUGCCGACAACCAGUACAAUUUCGACAAUAUUUGGAGACUCCUACUUUCUGCUAGAUCCCCCCGUAACUCUCGUGCUCUUCGGCCUCUCGUCCUUUCUAGUGCUCUGCUCCAGCAUGGUCAUGUACUUCUACGCUCAUGGCAGGUUCACGGCGUUCCUGAAUCAGGAGCGCGAACGUCGUGUGAUCCUGUCGAAGGACGGACGCGAGGGCAACGGCUGGGUCUACCUGCCGCAUUGCGCCGCGUUCGUCGUGUUCCUGGCGAUCGUGAUCUGCGGCACGCCGUUGCUCUACGACUACACGGUGGUGUACCGCGGCAGCCUGGACGGCGCCAUCCUCGCCUGCAUCGUCGGCAUGAUCCUGCAUCUCCUCCUCUGGCUGCUCCUCUGGAUAUUCCUCACCAUCAAGCAACGUUGGACGUUCAAGCUGCGCGUGACCAUCGGACGCGCCACCGUGAGAUCCGCGAGGUCGGUCAAGCUCGUGACCGACGUCGACUUGCUCUCGGCGCGGGACGACGACGACGGCACCAGCGCGCCCUUGCUCGUCGUCGGUAACGGCAGAACUUACACCAUCGCCGACACCUCGCCGAAGCGGGCCAUCAUGAGCGUGAUACAGAAGGCCGCCAUGGAGAGGAAGGCCCGAUCGCAAGGCGGAAACGUCGACGGAGUUGACGGCGAAUCGACGGCUGACGGUGACGAGCAGAUCUACUGGCUUAGGCCGAAAUUACGUCCCUCGCCUACGCAAUCCCCGAGCGACACCGGCGGCGCACCGACGUCCGACAAGGGCUGGCUGAACAAGAAGCUCAAGCAUAAGGUCACCUUUAACGACCUGCCUAGUACGUCAGGCUCGCGUAAUAAGGGAAAAACCCGACGAGGCGUCGCUGACGGCGGGCCUGACGAUGACGGAGAUUACGCCACGUUACGCGAGCUACCGUUAAUUACCUCGCUGGACCCUGCCGAUGAUUCUACCUCUGAAGAAAACAAGUUGCUCGAGUGCGUGAACGACGAUCAAGUGACUUACUACGCGAAUGCGAGUCGCGACCUACAACCGUCGGAGGGUGAUCCUUCGCCCCUUCUGACCCCCGAUCCUCUACCCGAUCCCGCGGAAGAGCCGCUUCCGCUGCCACCUCCGACUCCAACAUCCGCACCAACCACCGAUAUUGUCACGGCGCCACUAACUACAAAUGUCCAGAUGAACGGCGGCCAGACGCCGCGGUGCCUGCGUCGCGCGGACUCGGGGAUGCCGCACGACGAGCUGACACCACGCUCGGACUCGUCGAACUCGCCGCCCCUGGACACGGUGGGCAGCGGCGGCGGCGGCGCCGGCUCGGUGACCGGGCACAGCAACACCAGCAGCAACAGCGAGACGUCGAGCAGCGGCGUGCACAGUAACGCGAGUAACGCCAGCAACGCCAGCCACAGCAGCUCCCAGCGUCGGGCGACCAGCGUGGACGACCUGACCGGGGAGCCGCGCGAGGAGCCGCGCGAGCAGUGGCGCAGCUGCUCCCUUCAGCGCGGCACGCAGCCACCCACGGCGAACAUGACCUUCUCGCCGCCCACCAGUCGCCCCGGCACCAGCCAGUCCUUCUCCUCGCCGCAAUACGUGAACCACGUGCCGCCGUACAGCAACGCCGCCGGCAACGAGAUCGGCGGCGCCGGCUGCCCGGCGGUUAUCCUGGAGAACCCCAACGAGGCGACGGUCGUGAUCCGCCGCAAGCUCUCGCGCGCGAAGGUCACGGAUCCGCUGAAUCCGAACGAGGAACCGUUCGGCCGUUCCACCAACAUGAGGAUGACCUCCUUCACCGAGAGCAACGACAUCCGCAUACAGGCCUCCUCGGCGACUCUGCCGCACUAUCCCACGCAGCCUAUCGUCACCUAUCCCCACUGCUCCACGAUGCCGCUGCCGCACGCGUCCCACAGCGUGGCCGCGGCGAACAUGAGCGGCGGCUCCACCGGCAGCUGCGGCUCCGUGCCGAGGCACACCUUCGUGCCGCCGCAGGUCCACACCACCGUGCCGGCGCACACGACUCUCCCCUCGCAUCAUAACGGCGUCAGGCUGCUCCACGCUAACGCCGUUGGCCCGAGCAAUCCCUUCGUCAAGAGAUUCCCGCCGGUGCACGUGCAUACCCAGCCCUGGGCUCUGCCGGGCCAUCACACCUUCCCGCAGAUGCCGCAGAGCAACAACAAGCUCACGGUCACCGCGCAGAUCAGACAGAGCGACCGGGACUCCGCCAACUUCUCCAUGGCCAGCAGCGGGGACUCCGACACGUGUUUGCCCCACUAAAGUCCGAGGGCUGCGUAGUCACGAACUUAAAUCGCGUUAGGUGAUACCUGGUAUUUUCGUAUUGAUAUUUUCGUGAUGACAAAUGACAUCGGUGGGGAGCGCAGUUUCCAGGCGUAGCGUGUACCGAUGUCACGAUUAUGAUCUCCCCAAAUGCUUUAUGGAUGAGAAUGAUGAAAUGUAAUAGACAAAGAGAGGGAGAGAGAGAGAGAGAGAGAGAAAAACUUUGCGCGAACUCGAGAGGAGUAUCUUAUGAAUAUCUUGCUUCGGAAUCGAUGAAUCUCUAGGACUCACACGGUUAUAAUACACAUUUAAUACGCUGCAUUACUCGUCAGUAUGGAUCAAAGAAGAAGCUUUUACGUAUUUCAUAUCGCAUGCUCAAACAUCGGAAUUUUAAGGAAAUUAAUCGGAUUAAGAUCGAAACGACAUAUCAAUUUCUGCCGUUUAUUAACGUAUAAUAAAUGUGGCAUUCCUUAAAAUACGGGUUAUCUCUAUUUUUUUACAAUCUGAUCUCGACGUGUCUCGGUCAGAUUUUACCCGAUUAUUUGUGUAAGUGCGUCUAUGAUAUUAACAUAGAGUUUAUUGCAUAAAUUGCGUACAAACGUGAAAAAUUCCAUUCAUUUGAAUGAGCAACGUGCGUCAACGUAAACACAUAAAGAAAUGACAAGUUGACUAUAUAAAUGAUUAUAUAUAUAAUAUCCCACAGGUAGCUUAUGGAGGUAAUUGUAAUUAAAAGACAUCACUUCCGCGUUGCAUACAUAUCCUGUAUGUUGUGAUUACGUAUAUUCCAUUUUAUCUUUAACCUCACAGCAAUAAAGGAAGAUAUCUGAAAUGGAAUAAUGAUAAACAAUAAUGGUAAAACAAUAGAUGCCUCGGUCAAGAGAACUUCGGUCUGGAUUAAUGCAAAAUAGUUCUAAAGCAACAAUAACUAAUUAUUGCAAAAGUAUAAGUAAUGCACAUAUAUCACAAUUUAACGGAAAGUAAAGCGGAUUUCAAAAAGUAUAAUACAAUUUAAAAAUUAUAUAAGUAAUAAUAAAUCCCUGCUGGCUCUCGAGUUUGCGCAAACGUCUCUCGAUACGUGUCGACGUGUGCUUAUAGCUGAAAUCAUCUUUCUCAUUUCCUUAUAUCACGGGGGCAGAGGUAGAGAAUACAGAAAGAAAUUAGCGCUUAAUGCCGCAUUUAAAUGCGGCAAGAGAACGGGCAGGCGAGAGUGAGAAUAACGUAUAGUUAUCCCAUUUACGGUACGGAAAAAAAAAAGUUAUUGUGUUGUCCUAAAUAAAAUUCGUGUAUAGAGUGAAUUAAGGAUUAGUCGGUUAAGGAAAGAAGAAUGUGGAAAAAUCAUGUGGGUCGUCCCCCCUUCCUCUUCGUACAGCUUUUGUAUCGACGAUUAAGAUCUUUUUUCCACCGAUAAUUGUAAAUUUUGUUAAAACGUAAUUUGUACAUUGCCAAUUGUUUGUUUGUACUCUGCGACUCGGCGCGAUGAGUCGCUACUAUGCGAUAAGAUGAGAAGAAGAAGAAGAGCCAUCGGAAUGCACAUUCAAGUUAUGCGCAAUACGUUUCUUCUUUCGUUUGCUUUCGGUCUUUUUCUUUGUUUCCUUUUUUUUUAUAGAUUUAUCGAGAAUAAAUGUUUGUUUGUCGAAUCUUCUAUGAAAUGUAUGUUUAAAAAUAAUUAGGAAUUACGUGCGAGACGAAUACGCGAGCGGUUUUAUAUGAGUCACUGUAAAAUACACAAGCGCAGAUUGUAAGUCGUACGAUUUUCGGCCUUGACAAGAUUUUCGGGGUAUGCUGCAAAUAUUAUAUACCGUUACGUUGAAUCUUUUUAUGGCCUGAUAACGGUAACUAUAAUCUGCCACUUUGAUCGUAAUCGUGUCGUAAGAUGUGCGAUAUUAGCAGUGCCAUUGAAAUUAAUAUAAGCACACAUACACAUACAUAUACACACACACACAAUCAGAAAAGGGACGGUUCCGUUACUUAUAGAAUUAAAACCCAGUGAGCCAAGGGCUGAAGAUAUAAAGAUAUAAAGUUAGAGAUUUACCGCGAGGAGAUAAUACGUGCUAUUUAUUUAUUUGCGAACAGCCCAGCACCCCUUCGUAGCUUUAAUGUUCUAUCUUUUCGUUAGGAGAAUUGCGCAAAGUAUAUGCGCACAAUGCAUAUACAUAAAUGCGAAUUUUCGUACAUUUCAUUUUAUAUUGCUUCUCUCUGGGAGAGAA